CCGGAAACAGCAGCAGGCUGACGAGAAGGCGCCCCUAGUGACUGUUAGCCGAGAUGAAGCUCAAACAGAAUCAAUGGAGUCAAAAAGCUGGACAUAAGACGUGAUCCCAGACUAACUGAACUGUAAUCAGUAAAAACAUCGACGUAAUUUUACUGGUUCCUGGCGCUGUUCCAACCCAGUUCCUGACCCGAUUCCUUCCACUCAGACUCUGUUCAGGACUGAUCAGAGCCCAUCUUCGCUGAAUGGAGGUUCGGGUUGAAGCUGGUGAGUACCUCUGAACUGGCCUGAGUUUACCUGGACUGGGUCAUGUGAUAGCACCGUCACAGAAGCUGGUUCCUUACAAGAAGUUCUCUGAUCAGCAGAACAGAACCAGGCAGAGGGCUGGCCUUCUUGAGCUGGGUUCUGAUGGAGGUUUUCCUUCCUGGUUCUGAUCCCAUCCAGUGGUUUCCUUAGCUAGUGGAGGAGGCGGAGCUCCACAGCUGCCAUGAUGGAGGAUGCCCAGGCGGACGUGUCUCCUGUCCCCUCGGACCAGAACAGCCCCUCCCCCUCUCUCUCCGUCUGCUCCUCCCCCUCCCUGUCCCUCCCUUCCACCCCGUCCUCCUCCUGCGGCCCCCCCCAGCCAGCCACCCCUCCCCUGGGCAUCAUCAGUGAGGGUGUGACAGAGCUCAGCUUGGUGAUCGACGCUGAGGUUGCCCAGCGGGCGUGUCAGGAGGUCCUACAGAAGGUAAAGCUGCGGCAGGUGGAGGCCGACCCUGCCCCGAAGAACGGGGCGGGGCUGGAUUCAUGGGGCCCCGGCUCAGAGGGCCCGGCCCCUGGCUCAGUGAAGAGUGCUCGGCGCCGUCAGAGACACAACCCGUCCAAACAGUCGUGGCUGCUCCGGCUAUUCGAGUCCAAGCUGUUUGAUGUUUCCAUGGCGAUCUCCUACCUGCACAACUCCAAGGAGCCCGGCGUGCAGGCGUACAUCGGAAACCGCCUCUUCAGCUUCCCGCACGACGACGUGGACUUCUUCCUGCCACAGCUGCUCAACAUGUACAUCCACAUGGACGAGGACGUUGGGGACGCCAUCAAACCCUACGUGGUGCACCGCUGCAGGCAGAGCAUCUCCUUCAGCCUCCAGUGCGCCUGGCUGCUCGGGGCGUACUCCUCCGACAUGCACAUCUCCACCCAGCGCCACUCCAGAGGAACCAAGCUCAGGAAGCUCAUCCUGUCGGACGAACUCAAACCCGCAGGGCCCCGGGCCCGCAGGGAGCCCUUAACUCUGACGCCAUUCUGCCCUGUGGCGCCCCCUGCCUCAGGGCCCGGUCCCCUGGGAGGAGAACACAGCCUUUCGCCGACCAAACGGACUCAUCAGCGCUCUAAGUCGGAUGCCACCGUUGGCAUCAGUCUGAGCAGCAACCUGAAGAGAACAGCCAGCAACCCCAAGGUGGAGAGCAGCCAGGAUGAGGACUGCAGCUCCAGCUCCGACAGUCUGGAGUUUGAUUCUGGUCCCCCAGUCCGUCUGGCUCCUCAGAGGGAGUUCAUCAAGUCUCUGAUGGGCAUUGGGAAGCGUCUGGCCACUCUGCCCACCAAGGAGCAGAAGACCCAGCGGCUCAUCUCGGAGCUGUCGCUGCUAAACCACAAGCUGCCAGCGCGAGUGUGGCUGCCCACCGCUGCCUUCGACCAUCACGUGGUCCGAGUGCCACACACGCAGGCCGUGGUGCUCAACUCCAAAGACAAGGCUCCCUACCUGAUCUACGUGGAGGUCCUGGAGUGUGAGAACUUCGAGACAUCCAGCGUUCCGAUCCGGAUUCCAGAGAACCGGAUCAGAAGCACACGUUCCGUGGAGAACCUGCCGGACUGCGGCAUGACGACAGAGCAGCGAGCCGGUAGUUUCUCCAUCGUCCCGAACUACGACAAUGAUGAUGAGGCCUGGUCCGUGGACGACAUCGGAGAGCUUCAGGUAGAGCUCCCUGAAGGCCACACCAACAGCUGUGAUAACAUCAGCCAGUUCUCGGUGGACAGCAUCACUAGCCUGGAGAGCAAAGAGCCCAUUUUCAUCGCCGCCGGAGACAUCAGGCGCCGACUGUCAGAGCAGCUGGCUCAGGCCCCCACCACCUUCAAACGGGACCCUGAGGACCCGUCAGCCGUGGCCCUGAAGGAACCCUGGGAAGAGAAAGUCCGGAGGAUCAGAGAAGGAUCUCCUUACGGCCACCUACCUAACUGGAGGCUUCUGUCUGUGAUUGUGAAAUGUGGAGACGACCUGAGGCAGGAGCUGCUUGCUUUCCAGGUGCUGCAGCAACUCAAGUCCAUCUGGGAGCAGGAGCGAGUACCUCUAUGGAUAAAGCCAUAUAAGAUUCUAGUUCUGUCGUCGGACAGCGGGAUGAUCGAGCCAGUGGUGAACGCCGUGUCGCUCCACCAGGUGAAGAAGCAGAGUCAGCUGUCUCUGCUCGACUACUUCCUGCAGGAACACGGUGCUCCAACCACUGAGGCCUUCCUGUCAGCUCAGAGGAACUUUGUCCAGAGCUGCGCUGGAUACAGCCUCAUCUGCUACCUGCUGCAGGUCAAAGACAGGCAUAACGGGAACAUCCUCCUGGACGCAGAUGGACACAUCAUCCACAUUGACUUCGGGUUCAUCUUGUCCAGCUCACCCAGAAACCUGGGCUUCGAGACGUCUGCCUUCAAACUUACCUCAGAGUUCGUGGACGUGAUGGGUGGUCCAGACGGAGACAUGUUUAACUACUAUAAGAUGCUGAUGCUUCAGGGUCUGAUCGCAGCCAGAAAGCACAUGGACCGUGUGCUGCAGAUUGUGGAGAUUAUGCAGCAAGGCUCCCAGCUGCCCUGCUUCCAUGGCUCCAGCACCAUGCGAGGUCUGAAGGAACGUUUCCACAUGAGUUUGACGGAGGAACAGCUGCAGCUGCUGAUCGAUCAGCUGGUGGAUGGAUCAAUGAGGUCACUCACCACCAAGCUGUACGACGGCUUCCAGUACCUGACCAACGGAAUCAUGUGACCUGCCUGUGUCCCUCCUGAGUUUAGAACUCCACCCUCCUCUUCUUUUAUUCCAAUUUAGUUAUUUUCUGUCACCUGAUGAAUCUUUUUUCUUUAGGUUUAUGUCCCUCUUCAUUUCUUUGCACCAUGUCUUCGUCUUGCAGAUGUGGGCAGACGUCUCUUAUUGGCUGCUCAGCAGAACUCUUAGCCAAUCAGGGAGCAGCACAAUUUUAGUUUGAAAUGUGAACAUUGAGUGGGUGGCAACGGAUUAAAUGACCAGAAUGUGUUUUUCAUGUUUAAACGUCUGUGAACUAGUUUUUUGUUUGAGCCAUUAAAAGCAGCCAUUGUCCA